AUGGUCGAGUCGAAAUGCCACCGAGACGACGGCGGCAACGAGACCUGUAACCGCUGCGCCGCCCUUGGUAUCGAGUGCGAGGUCGUGCCCCGGAGAUUUGGACGGAGGCUAGGAUCCAAGAACCGCUCCAACGCGGCAAUCUCCCCCACAUCUUCAAGGGACCUGUCAACGACGUCUCCUGCCAAUUCUGAGGGUGCCGAGUCGACCGUGGCCCGGGUUGGCGGCUCGACGGCGGCAUCGGCAUCUGCGUCGUUCAACAUGCUGAGCGUGCUCGCCCGCGUCGCCAACGAGCAGCAGCCGCCCUCGGUCCCCCACCUCGAGCCGCCCAUCACGCGGCAUGCCAACCUCGACCGCUCCACAUUCCUCGACGAGUUCAGGAGUGUCGCUCGUACCCUCGAUCCGGACCCAUUUCGCGGCCUGGGCGUGCUCGAGGACGGACUCGAGCACCUCUUCAAGCCAAUCGAGUCAUACCCAUCUCAGCCUUGCGACGAGGUGGUGUAUGGAAGCAUCGACUCCCCGAGACUCGACAAUGUGCCAGAGUAUGAUGCCAUUUCAAUUGGGCUCGUGACUGAAGCCGACGCCAAGGACCUGCUCGAGGUCUACUGGACACGGAUCCACGUCGUCAUCGGUGUCCUGGACUUUGACAUCCACAGCCUGGCCUACAUGCGCUCACAGUCUGCGACACUGACGACGGUCGUGAUGCUAGUGUCUGCCCAGUGCCUCCCAGUGUCUGACCAUGCCAACUCGCUCGUUACGAGGCUCGAAGCGCACCUCGAGCACCUCCUCGCGCAAGUCGACAAAUUGUGCCUUCAGUCCAUCGAGAUAUCCCAAGCGCUAUCGAUGUUCGUGGGGUGGCUAAGCGGGCGCAAGCUCAACCGCGCAUGGCCGCUUGCUGCACGAGCUAUCGCCAUUGCCAUAGAGCUGCGGCUCGACGUCUCCCCGCCUCCCGCAUGGGCGCUGGCACCCUCCUCACUCCACAAUGCUGGCCCUGAUCGCCUGGCACGCAAUGUCGAGCGGACCUGGCUGCACCUCAAGGAGUGGGACCGCGCAUCCGCCUACAUCCGUGGCCGCAAUUCCCUCAUCCGAGAAGACGCGUGGUGCGAGCCGACGUGCCUCGUCGAGUGGUGCUCCAGCCCCCUCGUUGGAGGAACGGACGCGAUGCUGGCCGCCUGCCUUGACCUCAUGGGGGUCCUCAGCCGGAUCCAGAUGGCAACCACCUCUAGCGCGUUCUCGAGCCCCACCUUCAACUUUGAAGGCUAUCUCACAGCUGUGGACGAUGAGCUUGAUGUUUGGCGGACAAGGUGGUUUCCUAUCAUGAGCGAGGCGAAUCGACAACGGGCGUUGUAUGACAUGUGGGCGUUCCGGUUCAUCCUCCUUAUGGCGUCGUUCGAGAAUGGCCUCGCGCAUGGGUGGACCUCGACCAACCUGCUUGCGAGCCGGGACGCGUGCCACUUCUGCGCUCUCGAGCUGAUGAAGAUCGCUCUGCCAGUCAUUGCAGGCACUGAUCCGGUCCUGAACAUCACAAGCCUUUACAGUUACAGGCUGUAUCGCUUGGGUUACACUGCCAUCUGCACCCUGCGCAUUAUCAAGAUGGCACCUCAGUCCGGAAAUGAGGAUGUGUUCCUCAUGGGGGUCAUCGCGGCGCUUGCCGACAAGCUUCUGCACGUCAAGCUGCACGCCAACGUGGCGAGCAUCACAAAGGUGAUGGGGGGUCGUCUGCUCAGCGUUGUCAAGCGGCUCGCAGCCACCCGACUUGGAGGAAAUAGUGGCACCUGUGCGGACGACGCGUCGUUUGGACCCGCAGAUGUCAUGGGUGACAUGGGAGUCGAGAGCUCGGCCGACCCUCUCGCAUCCCUCCCGGCCUUUGGCAGCGACAUCUUCUCCUUCCUAAAUCCCACGGAAUUUGGCCUGUGGGACAACUUGGCCUACGCUGCCGAGCCAACUUCCAACCCCAUAGUUUGGACUUCUACAUCAUAG